CAACACCAAAGAUUAUUAACAUGUCCUUGCAAAGAAGUUUAGAAGCAAUCAAGGGUUUGCAUCCUGCUCCAUUGUGGAAUUACUUUGUCAAACUCUCCCAAUGCCCACGUCCAUCCAAGAAGGAAGAAAAGGCUAUUGAAUUUUUGAGAGCCUACGCUAAGGAAAAUAACUUUGAUAUCAAUGUUGAUAAUGUUGGCAAUUGUUUGAUCAAGGUUCCAGCUACUCCAGGCUAUGAAAAUACUCCAACUGUUGCUAUUCAAGGACAUAUUGAUAUGGUUUGUGAGAAAAAUAAAACCACUCAACAUGAUUUUGACACUGAUCCAAUUACAUUGAUUCGUAGUCAAGAUGGUGAUUGGAUUCAUGCUGAUGGUACUACUCUCGGAUCUGACAAUGGUAUUGGUGUUUGUUGUGGAUUGGCUCUUGCCACUGAUAAGGAUGUUGUCCACGGACCAAUUGAAUUGUUGUUGACCAUUGAUGAAGAAACUGGCAUGUCAGGAGUUAUGGCAUUAAAGCCAGAAUUCUGUACUGCCAAGUAUUUGUUGAAUUUGGAUGCUGAAGAACUUGGUGCUUUCUAUGUUGGUUGUGCUGGUGGUCAAGAUACUACUGCUUCUUUCGAUAUUGUUGAAGAAGAAUUGGUUGACUCAUCUUCAUUUGAACAAGUUUCAAUUAUGGUUUCUGGUUUGAAGGGUGGUCACUCUGGUAUUGAUAUUCACACUGGACGUGGUAAUGCCAUUAAAUUGUUGGCCAGAACUUUGAAGCAUGUUUUGGAUGAAGUUCCAUCUGAUAAUCUCAAAGUUUUCUAUAUUGAAGCUGGUAGUAAGAGAAAUGCAAUUCCAAGAGAAGCUUGGGUUAAUGCCUAUGUCAAGAAGGAUAAAUUGGAAGCUGUUAAGGAAAGAGUUGCUGCUUUUGAAAAGUUAGCUGUUUCUGAAUUCAGUGUUCCAGAACCAAACUUGAAGAUUUCUGUUGGUCCAGUUGAAUCUGCCACUACUUCUACUAAGGUCUUUGCUAGUGAAUUCUUGUCCAAAUUGAUUUCAGUCAUCUUUGCUGUUCCUCAUGGUGUUUUCCAAAUGAGUCCAGUUAUUGAAGGUCUCGUUGAAACCUCUACCAACUUGGCUAUUGUCAAUACUCGUGAUGGUAAGAUUGAAUUCUGUACUUCUCAAAGAUCAAGUGUCAACUCUGCCAAGAACUACGCUGCUCACAGUGUUGCUUCUGUCUUUGCCUUGUCAGGUGCUGACGUCAAACACUCUGAUGGUUAUGUUGGAUGGCAACCAGAUAUGAAUUCUCCACUCCUCAAGUUAUGUAAGGAUGUUUACACUGAAAAGUAUAAGGCUACUCCAGAAAUUAAGGCUAUUCAUGCUGGUUUGGAAUGUGGUUUGCUCUUGGAAACUUAUCCAAACAUGCACAUGAUUGCUUAUGGUCCAACCAUUGUUGGUGCUCACUCUCCAGACGAAAAGGUCAGAAUUGCUGAUGUUGCUCAUACUUAUGAAUUGACCAGUGCUAUUUUGGAAGCUAUUGCCAAGAGUCAAUAAAUUGUAAUUUCCACAUCAUUU